ACCUUCACAACACGGCCAUGUAAUAGUACCCUCUGUCACUGGUGUGUGUGUGUGUGUGUGUGUGUAUUACAUUCUCCUGGGAUUCAACAGUUUUCAAAGGAGUGUUCUGUGAUUGCCGCCAUUAAUCUGCCGCGAUGAUAGACGAAGAAGGUUUCCCCCUGGUGAUGGAGGCCAGAUUCGCUCCGGACUACGAGGUGGGUUACCUUGCAGCCGACCCAGCCAGAUGUCAAGACCAGGAGUCGGGCGAGACGACGGGACAGAGAGUAAUCAUGUUCAGAAAACCUCCUGAAACUCGUCCUAUUCAAUCAGGUAACGAGUUCCUCCGUCGCAGAUUAAAGAGGACCCAGCUUGAGACCCCGCAGCACUCUAUCAGUCACAGGACGCUCCACUUGCACCUGAACUUCCUUCGCUCGUGUCCUAGCCAGCGCCAAAAACAGCCCCAGGUGCCAUUCCACACCCUCCAUAACUUCCAGCCUCCAGAACUCCAGCGUGAUCUACACCUCGAGAAGAUGGUUACGAGAAAACCUUUCCGUGUCCCUCUUGUAUCUACCGAAAAUAAAUCAAGUAGAAAAGAAAUCAAUAUAAGUAUAUGGAAGGAGUUUUGUCGUGGUCAGUUAGUGUACGAUGAUGGUGCCGCAAAGUUGAGUAAAUAUAGCUUCUGGGUGCCGUUUCAAGUUGUUUUGGGAGACUAUGCCGUGUAUGUGCCGUGUUGUUUAGUAUGGUUGCUGAGAAUACUUGCAGUAACGCUGAAAAUUUGUGUGCCAGCAGUGGGAAUACAAGUCGCCUACUACCACCAGUUGUACAAUCACAUGAAGAUCCAUCUAGCUGGGGACGAGAGAGGUUUAGACCCAGUGUUUACUAGUAUAGUGUAUCAGGGUCCACUUAUUUACAGUGUAAGGUAUCUUAGUUGCCCUUACUGUCGAUACACGAGGCAAUCUAAAACUGUGCUAAAGUACUUCGAGAGCUUGUGUCAAGAAAGAAGAGGAAUGGCAGUCGGGUAGUGAGGAACGUUGCAUAUAAAUAUUACUAAAGUAAGAUGGUGCUGCCUUCAUGAAGACUACUUUCCCACAAGUAGCAUUAAGCAAUACACCAGCGGCGGCUCGGCAAGAAAUGACCACAAGAAUGUAAUUGUCAUAUUUGGAAGUAACAUGGACAGUUUGUAACAAGGAAACUUAAUCUGAACAUCGUUUAUGAACACUUAUUGUAUAUCAUGGAAGGUUCUUGAUACGCCAGCCAGAAAUUUGCUCUCCCCUCUCACUUUUUUAUUAGGAUUGUCAUUUUUUGUUUAAUCAUAAUAGAGAUUUAAGACCUUUAAUUUACUUGAUAUAUAUAGAGUAUUAAACUGCUUAGAGAGCUGUAGAGGCCUGAAACAUAUUUUUGUUUAUUUUAUGACUACAAACUUGUAUGUAUUUCGAUUUUUUUUUUUGUAAUGAGUUGGUGUAUAAUGGUGGAUGUAGUUUGUUCCUCUAAAUGACGGUCUUGGGUGUUAACAACUACAGUUCCUUAAGUAAUCUAUUCUAUGUCGCUACACGUUCAACAUCAAACCUGUGAAAAACUUACCUUGGUGGUCUGUUGGUCUGUGUGUGGUCUUCUAGCGAGACUGUUGCAUUCAUGACCAUAAGACCAGACUGUGAUGUGACUAGUGAACAAAAGACCACUUGAGAUGUUAUUGUGUUUUGGUCUGGAUGUGGUCUGUAGAGCAGAUCAACAGUGACAUGACCGAUUAUUCAGACUGGUUGUCGCUUAGACCUUAAACAUAAUAUUAAUAUACAUUUAUUAGUGAUUUUAAUAGUUUAGUCAGUCACUCGUAUAUCAUAACAUGGCCAGAGUAUCAGUUUAUGCAUUACAGUAUUGUCACGUCAUUCUCACUGUACCUUACAAAAUUCUCAAGCAUAGGUCAUUCCACCAGAACGAACACUCAUCAACGAACAAUAUUCUUUGUAAUUAGUUUCCAAUGUUAGAUGUUUAUUAUCAUGCAUUCCAAUAUUUUUUUCAAACCAAAAUUGUUAAACAUGUUUGUAAAUAAAAUACAAAAGUUUA